CGCGACUGCUCAAGUAAACAAUACUGUCACGUCGGGCCAUGUUUGCUUUGUUUGUUCCCCAAGAUCGCCGCCCGCCGAGUGCAGCUUCAGCUUUCAAGGCAUUGCUCGGGUCCUUGUAAAAGCCCUUGAGGCACGAAGCAUUUGAUAUUUAUAGCAAGCAGCUCUGUAUGAGAAGUAUCUAUUUGGAACCUUCAUGCAUUCGCUGCUUCUAGGUAUUCAGACACAACACUAUACCCUCAGCCUAAACUAUGCCUCUUGGAGAGGCAAUCGACGACCCCACCAGCAAUGACAAUUAUGUCGCACAGUUGCUUGCCUCUGAGGCAAAGGAUAAAUCGCUGAAAUACUCUGCCCUCGGACUCCAAACUUAUCUAACUCGACGGCCGACAGACCGCGCUCCCAGGCCCAACACACGGUUCCUUAAAAAUAUCCUCAGAGAUACCGAUAGUCACAACUCAGCCCUUAGGCGCAAGGAGGAGGAAGAAUCUAGGCAGCGAAUGCGAAAACUUCGCGGCGAAAAUUCGUCGGCUUCCCGGUCGUCGUAUCGCACGGAACGAGAUCAGGGCAGAACCAGAGAUUACCGAGACAGGUCCCCUCGUAAUUCAAGAGAGGGCCAUUCGUCGCGCGAAAAAGACGAGGACCGACGGUCAACGCGGCGUCAUCGCCGAGAUGGAAGUGAUAACGAGUCAGGUCGCGAUGUGUCCUCAAAGACUCGUCGACGGCACCGUCACCGUGCUGAAGAAAAACUGCCCAGGCGGAAACGAGAAUAUUCAAACUCUCCUCAUAAGUCGUCACAGUACGAUAUAGGUGAAAGGAGCGAUCGUCAUCGCCGGCACAGAUACGUAGAACGAUCGCGAUCGCGAUCGCCACGACGUUCGAGACACUGCGAAGUCGAUGGGCAUGACGACCUCGUCCAAGUGGAAAAGCCAAUCUCUAAAGACUCACAGCGCCGAUCAGAGAAACGGUCGGAAGAGCAUUCGAAGCGACGAUACUAUUCAGAUGAGGAAUCAGACCCACUCGAAGACCUUGUUGGGCCUUUACCCGCCUCGUUGCGAAAGAAUAAGGAUGCUUCAGCCGUUGCAUCACGCGGCAGAGGAUCUUAUCGCACCAACACAAGCAUAAUGGACAGCCAUUUUGCGCACGACUACGAUCCCAAACUCGAUGUCAAUAUUUCUGAAGAUGACGAUGAUACAAGGCGGUCUACACGCCGGCCGGUGGCCGAUUUGAUGACUGAAGAUGACGACUGGGACAUGGCUCUAGAAGCACUUCGGGACCGCGCCGAAUGGAAGAGGAAGGGAGAAGAGCGACUACGAGUGGCGGGCUUUGAUGGCAAGGUUGUUGAGAGAUGGAAGAAUCAUCCGGCUUUUGCAAUAGGAAAUAAUAGCACAUCUGAUACCGAGGGUAGAAUUGACGAAGUAAAGUGGGCAAAAAAAGGCGAAAGCAGAGAAUGGGAUCGUGGGAAGGUGAUAAACGAGGAUGGCAUCUAUGAAGUUAAGGCACAGUGGUGAUUUUGCAUACAGGAAAAAACGGUGUGUUGCAUGUACAUAUACAUAUAUACAUCAAUUGGUAUAUACAUAUCUAACAAAUAUGUGCGAUGCUAAUGCGCGCAGCAUGGUGCUGCAUUAUGCUCAGCCCGGGUCGCC